AUAGCAUAGUUAAUUAAGUCAACAAUCUCUAUUCACUCCCAAACAAUCAUAAACUUUAACAUCAUUCACCACCACCUCCUCCAAGUUCAAUCAAGCUAUUAAAAACAUGGAAAUAAAGAAGUACUUAAGCAAACGGGGCUACAGACGUCUCGACUAUGGCAUGACCACUACCGGCCGACGGAAGAAGAUGCAGACGAUACGGAUGAAAAGUCCACCACGUAGGGAUUGGAGGAUCAGAACAAGUCCAAAGCUAAGAUGGAUGAUAAGAUCACCAUUGAAGUUGCUGACAAAGGUUAAGAAUACUUAUAUGAACAUUAUGUUGAAGUUGGCUGGUAAAGUAGGAGGGGCAUUGAAUACUGAUAAUAAGUUUGGUGUGAAACGGAUUCCAAAUGCUCGUCAAGCGUCUUCUAAAGGUUAUUCUGGUGAUGCAUUUGAGGCUAGACUCAUAUUUGAGAUUUCUAAGACUUUGGUUGCUUCACAUGAACUAUACUCCAUGUAGUAAUUGUUUGUUUCAUCUUGUUUUCUAAAGUUUACUGUAAACUUCCACA